GCUCUCACACGCACACACGCGCGUCUGUCUCCGCGCUCUGCUGCUCCCUCACAGACAGCGGGAGGACCACCGAGCAGCGCAGUUCUCCGCCGGACCCUCACCGCCUCCUCAGCUCCCCGCACGGGACAGAGCAGCCCCACUCACCUCCCAAACUCCCCCCCCCGCACACCUGAGACAGGACAGCAGGGGGAUCUGCACCUGGGGAGUCCCAGGAGGAACACACACCUGAUCUCCUCACCCCCUCCUGCAUCUCGCCCCUCUCCAUCGGUCCUCUGAGGUGAGGCUCACGUGGGUGGAGAUGUCGCCCUCCUGGGGUCACUGUGUGAUGGCCGCUCUGCUCUGCAGCCCACUGUGGGUCGCGGGGCGCCUGGCCCCCGAAAACGAGGUGCCGCUGCGCCCAACCGCCUGGCUCCCAGAGGCCCGGGUCACACCCGUCCCGCUGCCCCGGGAUCGAACCCGCAGGCUGUACUUCACCCUGAGGAAGAGGACGGCUGCCAUGUCGGUCACCGUCAGCCCCUGUGAUGCCCCCAUCGAAUGGAGUCUGAGCGCCAGGACCCUGAAGGACAGACCAUCCAAGAGCCUGCACUGGAGCAGCAGGAAAAGCAUGCCGGAGGUGUGGUGGAGGGGUCCUGGGACCGAGGCGAAGAUGUACUCCUACACAGGCAGUGCGGUGGACACCUUCACCGGCCCAGCUUACACUCCCGCCUCCAUCUACAUCCUGAGACUCAGGUCCAGGGAGAAGGACACCAGUGCCUCCGUGUACCUGCAGGAGGGCGCGGGGGCCCUGGGGGCGUUCCCCGAGCUCCCUCACGACCCCCGCGUGCACACGGUGGGGGUGGGAAUGACUAGUGUCACCCUCAGCUGGGUGCCCAGCGGCUCCGUCCUGAAACUCCCACCCAACAGCCACAGCUACCAGUACUGCGUGCUCGUCAACCGCAAGCACAACUACAGGAGUGUGUGUGCGGCCCAGCAGGCCAUGAAGAAGGAGAAGAAGAAGGAGAGGAAGGACAAGGAGCAGAAGGUGACGGUGUGGCCGAUACUGAAAGAGUGGUGGUGGCAGCAGUGGGAUUGGUUAGAGGAAGAGGAGGAGCCAGCGGUGUCGCUGUUGGAUGAGUACCCAGGCCUGCAGUGCGUCUGCAGAGGAGCGGAGAGCGUGUGCACGGUGUCGGAGCUCACCCCGGACACUCAGUACUACUUCGACGUGUUUGUGAUGGACGUGCGGAACGGCACCAGCGCGGCGUACAGCGGCACAGUCGCCCGCACGCACGAGGAGGCGCGGCCCGCCGUGGCCCCGCUGGGGGAGGGGGAGCUGCGCUGGGUGCCGCUACAGCGGGACGGGCGGCAGAGCAGCCAGCUCUUCAGCUUUCGGCCCCGCGGCUGGCAGCAGAGCGCCCUGCUGACGCUGCAGAGCUGCGGGGCCCAGGACGCCGCGGUAACGGUGUCCAGCAGGGGCCAGGUGCUGGCCUCGCAGGCCGUGGGGCGUGAGGUGGCGCAGAUCUGGCUGCAGGGGAAGUCCUCAUACCUCAUCCACUUGGAGGCCGCGGGGGCUGCAGGGGCGCCUCAGGGGGGCAUAAAGAUGCAGGCGUCCUCGGCGUAUCACCGACAGGCCCCUCCCGCGCUGCCCCCCACCCUGCAGAUAAAGUCCUUCAGCAAGCUGCGGGGCUGCCGCUCGGUCACGCUGGCCUGGCUCGGCACCGAGGAGCGCAGCCUGUACUGCGUUUACCGCAGAAAACUGGCUGACGGGGAGCAGGCCGGCGCGGACAGGUGCCUGGGGCCCGAGUCCCGCUCCGAAACGGAGAGGGUUCUCUGCAAAUACUUCCAGGAGCUCAACCCUCGCAAGGCCGUCACCACGGCCACCAUCGGAGGGCUCGAACCCGGGGCGGCAUACGUUUUUGAUGUGUAUCUAAUGAGACGCUGGGGGAUUCCGGUCAAAUACCACAGCAAGACUGUGCGCACUCGCAAAGAGUGCUGAGUGCCCUGCAGGGCCCGCCGCUGGCAGACUGAGAGCCUGACAAGGCAUUGAGACUUACAAUAACGUAACCACUGAGGGGAGGCCACUCAUAAAUGUGCUUUGUUCCAGUUACGGUCCAUUUCACCCUCAGCAGCCGACACCCGCCGGAGUGGAGAAGCACAGAGGCUUUCACUCAGCAGGCUAUCCUUUCUUACUGUGUUAUUGUUGCUGUGUCGUCUUCGAUGUGCCAGUUGUCCAGACUGCGUGUUUUUGUUCUGUGCCUGAAAACCAGCAGAGAGAAAGUCUGAACGUCAAUCAGCUUAAAUUAGCAGGAGGCGUGAGCAGAUAAACCUCACGCCGUAGAGACAGGAGAGAGCUGACGGAGAGAGCGAUGGAGCUAAAUACAGAGGGACAGUCUUUAGCAGCGAGCGCAUAAACGCCAGACCCGACCGCAGCGUAACGAUCAGGGGAAGGUCAGCGCGUAUCCUGCGAUCCGCUUGUGAAUGCGCCAGAGUGUGUGCGUUGGCCAUCUGUUUCGCCGUCCUUGAUGCAUUCCUGCAUCACGUUUUACUGCAACGAUAAAAAUCACAUCCGCUACCUAUUACCAUCACACAGAGCGCACUUAACCCUUUCCCUAACCCUAACCAUCACACAGAGCGCACUUAACCCUUUCCCUAACCCUAACCCUAACCAUCACACAGAGCGCACUUAACCCUUUCCCUAACCCUAACCAUCACACAGAGCGCACUUAACCCUUUCCCUAACCCUAACCCUAACCAUCACACAGAGCACACUUAACCCUUUCCCUAACCCUAACCCUAACC